AUGAAAUUCCACUACGGAAGCACAGUCAAGGCGUGUCUGCAUCCGGAUCUCCCGGCAGCUCAGAUUCAGGAUCAAACUCAGCAAGUCUCGGUACCUCCAGUCGUCACCAUGCCACAGGUGAUGCCACCGCAGUUUAUCCUCCGUAGUCCCACGAGCGCGGAGCAGUGGCCCGUUCCAAGUUCGACAGCUCCUGUUUUCAAGCCUUGUGCGUCGACGUGCUGGCCGCAGCAGGACACGGUCCAGCAGCACCAGGUGACGUUGCCGUACGGGCAUGAAAUACCACUGGGCAUCUACUCGCCUACACGGUCAUGCUCGGAGCUGUUCGAGGACGUGUGGAACUCCGAGAUGCUGGACACUCUGGUGAAUGUGCUGCACGACCCCACCGUGCGUUGUUAA